AUGUCGCCACUAGUGGAUGGGCGAGCGUUCGUGAGUGACCCAGACACAUCUCGAAGUUUGCGGUAUUUAUCGUCCAGAUCCACUGGGACCGAUGACUACGGGAAAUUGUUCACCCCGAAUGUCUUCACGAUGAAAAGUGCGAGACAUAUAGGGGAUGUCUUGUCCGUUCUCCACAACCUUGCAAUUGUCCAUCGACAAGGACGGGCGCUCUCCAAGCUGAGGAACCACAGCGCCAAAUCUAAAACCGACUCAAUAAAAGUCAAAGUAAUGAGCGCUUAUACUGAAUCUGCUAUAGAUUCUGGCCCACGAGAUAAUAAUCAUCUGGGACGACAAUCUCGCUGA